UCCCCCACACAACAGACAGCUUGUUUUCCUUCCAUAUGAGUUCCCUCUUUUUCUUGAUCGCUCCAUUCCUUCUCUCUUCUGCUUCCUCUAUAUAUACAUCACCUCCUAUGUUCUCCUCCUCAAAUAAUUGCUGAAAUCCCUCUCUCUCUCUCUCUCUCGCAUCUCACAAACCCCUUCUUCUGCUGCUUUAGUAAUUUGUUGGUGUGCGUUGAUGGAGAAAGGGGUUAAGAGAGAGACAUCAUGCACGGAAAACAAGAUUAGGAAUAGUAACGGUGGAGGCGGAGGAGUAUACCCAGGCAUGCACAAACACUCCCAAACCAUAUCCAAAAUGAAGCCCAAGAUACGCAUCAUUCACAUAUUUGCACAGAGAUCAUCCAGACCGAUGUUGACAAACUUCCGCCAACUGGUGCAGAGACUCACCGGAAAACCUGGUGGUCGCCAAAACUACACAAAAAACACCAAGCAGGCAACACAUAUACCACAAGAAUCAAUACAUGUUGCAGACCCUAGCAGAGGCAUGGGUGGCUGUGGCCUGCACGACGAGACUGUGAAAAUGGAGCUCAGAAUGGAUCAUCAGUCGAGAGAGGGAUUGAUCAAGAAAGAACAAGAUUUUUACAACGGUGAGAUCAGCUCCGGCGAGUAUUUGAGAGGCUUGGAAGGCUUCAUUUCUGAGUUCGGCGAUUUCCCUUUCUUUCCUAAUUGGGAUGCUGCUCAUCGUCACACCCAAGAGUUUCAAGACACCCUUCUUUCAUAGAUGCUCAUUUCUUCUGAUCCCUUAUUUCUCUUCAAUUUGUAUGCUGAUAGCUUCCAUGUUUGAUCUCAUGCCUGUGUCUUCUAGGAAUUAUACACAGAAUUGUUUGUUCAUCGCCUCCAUAGACCUCCUUAUCAUAUUGACUCCGAGGUUAUUUAUACGUACAUGCGUGGUUUGAUUGCUUCUUUGGGUUUCAACGGUUCGGGAAUCAUGGAAGCCAACGGCGUGGUAACAGAUGGUGCUUGCUUCUCUCUCUCUCUCUCCUCUCUCUGUGGAGUGAAGAAUGAAUUCAUUACUGAAAAGUAUUUACAACGAGGCAGCCACUGUUUUACAAAAAGAGAUACCAAUCUGCCAUCAAUAACCAAAGGUGCUUGCUUCUUUCUAUUGAAACAAGUCGUGUUUUUGUCUCUUCUAUGAGUCCCAUCCGCCCUCCUUUUUUUAUCAUAUCUAGUGACAGAUUGAUUUAGCAAACAAUACAAGAACGUGUAAUCAUAUACACCUUAAUGCA